AUGCGUCCUCUUCUCCAGCUAGUCUCGGCUCUUGGCCUGCUGCCGUGGGCCAGUAUUGCUCUGCCGUCGGCAUCCGUGUCUCCCCGGACCUGCGACUCGGACUCGGAUCCAACUGAAACGGCUUCGCUCCCUACUACGGCAUUGCCUCCCAAAACCACUAUCAGGACAACAACUGUGAAGACAACCACUUACCACCGGCCGGCCAACACCACAAUCAACACCAAGACCAUCUCGUAUGGCAACAAGACAGCGUCCCUCUGCCCGUGCGCAACCCGUGGCCCUCAGUCUCCCACGUGCGCCGACCUAGACACGUCCGAUGCCUGGACCGGGCCCGACUGGUCGUCCUUUGGCAACGGCACGCUGUCACACAACACCACCACCCACGGACCUCGCGUCAAGCCCCGCGCGCCGACAGAUGCGACUGUAAGUCUCCUUGUGCGCACGGUGCAGGACCAGGCGGCCAAGGAAUACGAGCUGCAGGCCGGGCUGGCGUGCUUCAUCGGCGGCAGCACGCUCAACUGCAACGGCACGUGGCUAUACGGCCAGGACUGGAACCGCGACUCUCUCACACGCUACAUCGCGGACAACACGGUCGUGCGCCCCAGCUACGAGUGCUCGUACGACUCGGCCUACCUGCAGAGCGAGAAGUACCGGCGCGUCUUCUACGGCUUCAGCGCCGCCAACGUCUCGGACACGUUCGAGGGCGCCGGCAACUUCGCCGCCGUCUACGCCACCAACGCCUGCCGGUACAACGCGACGUGCGCCAAGGCUUAUGGUAAUGAUACGACGCAGAUGUACGUCGACUACGCCGGCUGGGUCAACGCGACCUUCGUCUCGCACCUCACCAGCCUACUACCGACCAACGGCUCCAAGUCCUUCUGCCCCAACAGCCUGGGGAGCUACGCGUCGGUGCUCAGCUUCGCGACGCAGCACUUUGAUCCCAGCAGGGAGUACCUGGGCGUGCACGACGUGACGCUGAUCCCGGGCGUGGCGCGGUCCCUCAACGCCACGGUCCAGGAGGCGCGGAAGGAGCUCGGGCUGAUCUUGAACAAGAACGCCCGGAAGAUGGAGGGCGUGUUUCUCAAUAUCGUCUUCUUCAACUAUAAGAUCGACCCCAAGCUGAAGCGGUCCGUCGAGGAGGACGGCGACGUCUACCCCGGAUGCCCCCGGCGCACGUGGGUCAUCCACGGUGAGUGCCCCGGCGUCAUCCCGCCCCGCGAGUUCGACAUGGCCGGCACUGUGCUUAGCAUGAAGGACCGAGACAAGAUGGAAGUCUUGGCCGCCCUCGCCAGCCGUGACACAGGAUGCGAGUCGGCGAUACGCUCGAUCCACAACAAGGUGACCGACUUCAAGGCGGCCGAGUUCUGGGCGGACCAGCUGACGGGGUUCGUGGCCAUCGUGACGCCGCUAGCGCUAGCGGCGUCGUCGUCGGCAGCGAUUCCCGUCGGGGGCCUGGUUUUCGGCAUGGUGGGCAUGGCCGUCGUGUCCAUGAUGGCGACGUGCAAGCUCUACAACACCUGCAGCGGGAUUCCUCCGUUCCUCCUGGACGCCAGCAAGGCCUUUUACGCGAACCCGACGCUGCAAGGAUUCCAGAACGUUGUGCCUUAUGUCACGGCGCCGCCGCCCUGGGUCAACAGCGUCGGCUGGGUCGCUGCCGGCCUCGACUUCUACAUGGACUACAUCUUCGAGCACGCCGCGAAAUCGUACCGCCAGGCCGAGACGUGCUGCGAGCAGAACUGCGCCUCGGCCGUCUGCGCCCAGGCCAGCCUCGGCUGUCUCCUGACGUGGGGCGAGUUUUUUUCCGGCCAGAAGGGCUCGCUCAACUGCGGCGCUACCUGAGAGGUAGGCUAUGGCGGCGCCGCGGCCGUGCCUCUUUAUUUUCUUUAGCUCGUGUCGUUCCUUGUGCGAUACCCGUCCUUGGCUACACACCAUACCCACACACACUUUUCACUCACGUCUUUUCGAUACCCACACCUUCCUUGGUCUGCAAAAAUACCUCUCUAGACUGUUGGCCUUUCUCUCCUCCAUGUUGUUCGAGAGAGGAUGUUGCAACACGAUCACCCCCGAUCCAGAACGCUCAAUCAGGGGCUUUCAUGUCAUGUCAUGUCAGGUCAGGCCAUGUUGUACUUUUCAAUCAGCUCUACGUUGCUGUCCUGCAGAUGCAGCCUCGUUAGAUUCUCUU